AGAAAGCCUAUAGCUGUUUAAUUAUCAGGAAUCAGCCCGUAUCAAAGAAAAUAACUCAUGGCAGAUUUUAGGGCCACCUGCAUCUCCUAUUGGUAGCCUUCUAGUCAACGUCUGCAAGAGUCAGCCAUGCCCGUUCUAGCUGAAGGGAGAUGCAGACGCAUUUCCGUAUACCGAACGACGUACAGAGAAAUACAGUUAUUCCGGCAGCUUCUAAUCUCAGUCAGAUUCCAUCUUGUGUCGUACAAUAGACGCCCCAUAUGUUCGUCUGAGCUGGCCACCCUGGCGCUGACACACGUCACUAAGGUUCACGAUUUGUAGCCGUAGUAUGAACUUCGUCCAACAUACCACACACAUACACAAUUCCAAUAAUAACAAUCAUAAACUUUGGUGCCUAAUAGUUCAUACUUCUUACCAUCACUUCUUUGGAGCUCCCCACCACAAGAUCAACCCCAGCUCUUCCUUACCUAGUAUGGCGAUGUAUCCGUGCCCGCCCUACUACUCCGGCAACUAUGCUUAUUACUUUCCUCCCGUGCAGCCGCCCCUAGCCUACGUAUUGGCCAAUCACUUUGGUCCAUACGGGAAAGGCCCGGUUUCCGCAGCCGGCAUGCAAUUCUUGAACUGCGUUGCCCCGAACCUCAGGCCUCUUCCACAGCCAUACACGCCUUACGGCAUGCCAUAUGGUUAUAUACCACCUCCGCCGCCGCCUCCACCACCAUCAUAUCCUACCCCCCCUCCUCCACCGCCGCCGAGGGAUCCGCCAAGAGGUUCGUCAGCGGGGGCGGUGGUAGACGUACGGUGCCACUACGACGGCGAAAAGCAUUAUCAUCAUAAACCAUAUUAUCACGAGUGUUGCGGUGGGCACUGCACUUCCCGUAAGAAAGCCUGGCGUAGGCAUCAUUGGGCAGAAUGAGUGUAGUUUGGAAGAUUGGUCCGUUCUAGGGCGAGGUUGCCUGUAUAGGUAUCGUUCAUUUAGAAGUAUGUGAGGUGACGGUGAUUAUCCGACAUAAUGGAGUACGGCUGGACUGUGUAUUAGAUUGAGCGAGGUUGGGAAAAUAUCAGGAUGAAUAAUGAAUUACGAUUGGCUAUAAUAAUGGACCUAGUAGAAUAUUAGAGCUAGGAAUUGAAUCAUGAGGCGUA